CUCUGAGUUGUUCUGGCGUUGCUGUGGUGCCGCUCUGGCGCCGUUGUGGCCCGGUUGCCGUGGAAACCAGACUCAGUUCCGUCUGUGUCUCCAGGAUUACGUGGAGCCCAUCUACUUCUACAUCGGGACGGUGUUCGGCCUGCAGGCCGUCUGCGUCACGGCGCUGUUCGUCUGCAGCUGGGUGAUGAGCGGAACCUGCGUGGCCGGCAUGCUGGCCGUCUCCUGGUUCGUCCUGAACAGACAGGACGCCACCAGGGUGGAGCAGGGGAUCCCUCUGCGGGAGAACUGGGCCCUGCCUUAUUUCUCCGUCCAGGUGGCGGCGCUGACCGGCUUCCUGAGCAACAACAUCAGCUCUGCCUCUGAGAUGUUCUGCUACCUCACCAUGAGCGCCUCCACCUUCACCUUCCUGCUGCUCUGGGAACACGGACACUACGUCCUGUUCGUCCAAGGCCUCUGCUUGUUCCUGCUGGACUCGCUGGACCUGGUUCCGCAGCGGAAGACGGCCGACAUCAACAAGAUCUACCUCAGCUCCCUGGUUCUGGUCUACCUGUUCCAGUUCCAGAACUCCGCCCUGCUCGCCUCGCCGCUGCUCUGCCUCCUGAUUGGCUCGGCCGUGGCUCGGUCCUUCCAGAGGAAGAUGAGGAUGGGUCCUCUGCUCGCCCGCGUGAUGAAGCUGCUGCUGCACUUCCACCUGGUUUUCACCGCUGGGAUCAGCUUUGCUUACCUCAUCAAGAAGCUGUCCCCCGUCGGCAGCAGCGACUUCACCCUGAAGCUCCUGGAGGUCAAAUUUGGGCUGAACACCACGACAGACUUCGUCACCAACUUCCUGCUGUGUCAGGACGGGCUGCGGGCCGCCGGUCAGAACCUGUUCCUGCGGCUGACCCAGACCUCCGUCCUCCCGUUCUACGUCCUGGUCCUCGCCGUCUGCCUGCUGUCCACGCUGCAGACCGUCUGCAGGAAGCUCAGAUCCACGGCGAAUCAUCAGUCUCUGAUUCUGAGCACGGCCGUCCCGACCAUCAUCGGCUUCAGUCUGUGGAGAGAGUAUUACCCCCGGGUGUUAGCGGAUCUAGCCGAUCUGCAGGAGUUCUACGACCCGGACACCACGGAGCUGAUCGGCUGGAUCAGGUCUCAGGCGCCGGCCGUGUUCGCCGGCAGCCCUCUGCUGCUGGGAACCAUAAAACUCUGUUCUGGGUCGGCCGUCACCAGUUUGCCCAUCUACUCUGACAUGGACCUGCUGAGGAGGAGCGAAGAGACCUACCAGGUUUACUCCAUGAGGUCUGCGGAGGACGUCUACAAAUGUCUGACGGCUCAGAAGACCACCUACGUCAUCGUGGAGGAGUCCAUCUGCAAUGACGUCCAGCUGAAGAAGGGCUGCAGACUCAAAGACCUGCUGGACGUCUCCAACAGACACGUCGUCCACGACGGAUCCCGGAUGUUCUCCUCCUCCAAGCAUGGCCGCUUCUGCCAGGAGGUCAAGAUGAACUACUCGCCCUACACCAACUACUUCACCCGGGUGUUCUGGAACCGUUCGUACCACGUCUACAAAGUCAACUCCGUCAUCUCCUUCCAGUUCUGACUGCAGAACCUCUGAGGGGUUCUGGACGCCCACUGCAGGUCCAUCUGCUGGAGGAUGGAGGUCUCUUAGUUUGGGCUGAGAUCACAGAGGUUCUGCUCUUUUGGAAGCUUUGGGUCACGUGUUCUGCAGAACCCUGGAGGUCUGAUGGAGCAAUGACUCGGUCUGGACUUCCUGCACAAGAUGGAUGGAUGGAUGGAUGGAUGGAUGAUGGAUGGAUGAUGGAUGGAUGGA